UAAAGUUGUGUUGACAGGAGCGGUAGGAGUUGUCAGCGGAACAGCAGCGACCAGCUUGAUCGGAGCCGAAUGGACUAAUCACAAAGCUAUAAUUUUAGACGGCGUUUCUGUUACUGUUUAGGAGCACUGUUCAAACAACGACCAUGGCAGACGACCAGUCCUCUCAGUCCUGGACAAUCGACAGGGAUGACUAUGAACUUAACGAGGUGAUAGGGAGUGGGGCCACUGCAGUUGUCCAGGCAGCAUACUGCAAGCCGAGGAAGGAGAAGGUGGCCAUCAAACGCAUCAACCUGGAAAAGUGUCAGACUAGCAUGGAUGAGCUCCUGAAAGAGAUUCAGGCUAUGAGCCAGUGCCACCAUCCGAACAUUGUGUCUUAUUAUACCUCCUUUGUGGUGAAGGAUGAACUGUGGCUGGUGAUGAAGCUGCUCAGUGGCGGCUCAGUGUUGGACAUCAUCAAGCACAUCAUCUCUCGUGGUGAGCACAAGACCGGAGUGCUGGAUGAGGCCAGCAUCGCCACCAUCCUGAAAGAAGUCUUGGAGGGGCUGGAGUACCUUCACAAAAACGGGCAGAUUCACCGGGAUCUAAAGGCUGGAAACAUUCUUCUCGGGGACGACGGCUCAGUGCAAAUUGCUGACUUCGGGGUGAGUGCUUUUCUAGCAGCAGGAGGAGACAUGACAAGGAACAAAGUGCGGAAGACGUUUGUGGGGACACCGUGCUGGAUGGCCCCAGAGGUCAUGGAGCAGGUCCGCGGCUAUGACUUCAAAGCCGACAUCUGGAGUUUUGGGAUAACAGCCAUUGAACUGGCCACUGGGGCUGCACCUUAUCACAAAUACCCACCCAUGAAGGUGCUGAUGCUGACUUUGCAGAAUGACCCACCCUGCCUGGAGACGGGCAUCACAGAUAAGGAAAUGGUCAAAAAAUAUGGCAAGUCCUUCAGGAAGAUGCUCUCCCUGUGUUUACAGAAGGAUCCUGAAAAAAGGCCAACUGCUGCUGAGUUACUGAAGCACAAAUUCUUCACAAAAGCCAAGAACAAUGAGUAUCUACAGGAGAGGCUCCUACAGAAGGGUCCAACGAUAACAGAGCGAUCGAAAAAGGUGCGUCGUGUGCCUGGCUCGAGCGGCCGUCUCCACAAGACGGAGGACGGCGGGUGGGAGUGGAGCGACGAUGAGCUGGACGAGGAGAGUGAGGAGGGCAAAGCUGCGGUGGCAGGUCUGCGGUCACCCAGAGUGAAGGACGGGUCCCAGAACAUGGAGCUUUUCCCACCAGCAGAUAGCUCCUCAACACAUCUGCAGGCGCCUGCUGCCGCGCAUGAGAGACCUGCGAAUGUGGGUCCGACAGGAGAGGAAGCUCCACCACAGGCUCCCGCUCAGACAGCCAGCCCUUCACAUGGCCCCACUGUUCAGGAUCCAGCCUCCUCAUCCAGUAUUCCCAUCAGCCUCGUCCUGAGACUGAGGAAUUCCAAGAAGGAGCUCAAUGACAUCCGAUUUGAGUUCAUGCCUGGCAGAGACUCUGCUGACGGAGUUUCUCAGGAGUUGGUCUCAGCUGGUCUGGUUGAUGGGAGGGACUUAGUCAUUGUUGCUGCCAAUUUGCAAAAGAUUGUUGAUGAUCCUCAUAGUAACAAAAACGUGACCUUCAAACUGGCGUCUGGCGUGGAGGAGUCUGAAAUUCCUGACGAUAUUAAACUUAUUGGAUUUGCCCAGCUCAGCAUCAGUUAAGUGGAGCAGAGCCAGCGACAAAGAAAGACAGAAACAAAUGGUAUUGCACAGCUGCAUUGUAGUCAAUUCCAAGAAACCACUACUGCCAAAGAGAGGAGGAGGAGAAGACAUAAGGCUGGCAGGGCUGUGACACUACUGCAGGAUGCAUGAGGACCACAAAGAGAGGUUCAGUUCAUCACAGGAAUCACACUUGAAAAGUUUACAGUGCGCUUAUACAGUAAAUGGGAGAAGAAAUGCAAUCAACCAUAUCGAAUCCUAAUUUCUUUUUUCUUUUUUCUUCACACAAGCACAAUCCAUCCCAUCUCCUGCCAGUACUGGAAAUGAUUGCCUUUUUUUUUCUUUUCUAAGAUCAACUGUGCCACAAAACUCAUGAGAGUGUCGUGCCACCUUUCCAUGGCACUUUAUGCUACACUGAAAUUGAAAAGUGUAAGUUCAGCCUUAGUUACUUUAGACUUUACCUGUGUGAUUGGUGAAAAAUUGAGUCAGCCUGUGAUUUGUUUGGUGUAUUUUAUGCACGCCUAUUGAAAAAAAAUCAAAGAAAUAAAUCCCUUAACAUUGAUGCAGAUGCAUUAUAAAUGCUCUGUACUAACAUUUUUGUCUUGUAAUUCUGUAAAUUUUGGUGGAUAUUCACUCAAAGUAUAUAUUAAAAAAGGCUCCUUUGUAGUGCGGCCUUGAGCGAUGCAGUUUUCUCUUCCACAGUAUCAAAACUUAACCAAGGAGUUUAAGCUCUGACUGCACUGCUCAAGUCAUUCCAACACACACGAAUCAACUGUCCUCAUUUAACAUCACACUCUUUGUCAGGUGAUGUUUCCCCGAGGUUUAAAGGAUUAUAUCCACAGAGAGAAAGCCUGUCUAAUGUUCUCAUACUAUGCAAAAGCUGUUUCAUUUUCACCACGUGUGACCACUGGUUGCUAAUAUUAUUGCCCUUGUGUUGAAUAAAACCACUUUUUUUGUGCUCGUACCUCCAAAAGAGUUCAUGAAGAGUCAACCAACGACACAGGCAGCUUUAAGAACCUGCAGUAAAAAGUUUACCAUUUUCACAAGUAUGUCAACAAACUGAAAAUCCAGUACGCCCUUGUUCACCCUCAUAAGAGUUCGUUUAGCCCCCUACUUGCUGAUCUAACAGCUGGGAAAAAUCCUGAAUGCUGGUGUUGAGUGCGUGUGUUACAGGCUGACAGCCCAUGAGCUUCUGUGGGGGUACGCGGGCGCGAAACUUGAAAAUCUUCCAGAGUGAAAUAAAGCUUAAAGGGCCGGUUCACCCAAACAGCAGAUCAAAUUUGUAAAUAACCAUGCAGAUGGAGUGGGCUCUGUCGGUUUCACCACCACCCCAAUGUUUUGGAAAUGUUUUUAGUCCUGGUAGCCUGCCUUUCUGUCUUUACUCUAGCGCCUCCUGGUUGGCUUUUUUUGGUGGUUGUUAAAGCCUGCUUUUGAAUGGAGUGUUUAACUGUGACCCCACUAGCGCCACCAUGAGGUCUGUCGCUCAGUUUCUUUCAUACUUUCUGAUGCGUCGCGUUCGGCGCUAAUUAGCAACUGUUGCCAUGCUAACAGGUGAAAUUGGUGACUGUAAUCACGUUAAAAUGCUUGCAUUAGCGUUUAGCUCGGAGCUUAGCCCAAGUGUAGUUCCAUAGAACUGCCAGCAUAAUGUCUAAAUGCUUGUUUCUAUGGUAACGAAAUUUAUCUAAAGGUUCUCAGUCAUCCAGGUCUAUAUCCAAAAAAAACAAACAAAUACAAAGCUCAAACAAGGACAACUGGACUUGUAGGGUUUUACUUGCAGGUGUCUCACACCUCAAGUAGCGUCCUCGGUUCUAAGUGACAGGGGGAGCGUUGGGGUUGAAGCCAUCUAUGUCAAUCUAUCUGUGAAUCAGGGGAGGUGCACUGAGCAAAGAUCUGCCGUCAGUUUACAACACCGUUUUAACAUCAGCCCCAGAAACGUUUCACCUUGUCCACACAUUAAGACUUGAGUCCCAUAGCAGGUUGUGAAAGGACACAGAUGAUCCUAACCCCAACUCUCCACCAAUCAAUUAGAGCUGAAGAAGCAAGUUGGAUGAGUAAAGGAACGUCCUGAAAACCCCCCCUACAAGUCCAGUUACGCUUGUGCGCCCAUAUUUUUUGGCAACAUAAUUCCAUUUUCAUCCUUAGCGUUGAGCGUGAAUCUGAAAACCUCAACAAGAACCAAAGCUUUUUGUGUGGCUGCAGGUCGCUAGCAGGAAACUAUUUGUACAGUGGGUGAAGUGUCUCUUUGAAUACCUUCAGAAACCAUUUCUGUAGUUCUUUUUUUGAUGUUUGUUUUCUUUUUUUUUGUCACUAGUCUUUUUAUUUUGACAGUACUGUAGUGUCUUUUCUUUAUAAACACUCACAAACGAAUCACUGUCAUCACUCCCGGUGUAGCCGUAUGGUUGCGUUGUACCGCGUGCAAAGGGGCUGCGCUGUAGCUCCUAGUUCAGGUACUAAUGUGAUGUAUGCGAUGUAUGUAAAGAUGUAAAAUGUACAUAAGAUGGCAACUCCGUGCACUGUCACACAGACACCGUGAGGUUUGUAUGUAACGAUGCAGUGUACAUGUCAGAUGGGGAGGGGUGGGGGGGCAUUUUACUUGUAAAUAUUGAUCAAGGCAAACAGACCGAGACUCCUCUCGUUUAGUUCACAGCAUUUGAUUUGUUUUGUAGUGUUUUUCACUGUUGGCCUUUGUCGCAGAAUCACUAAUCAUGCACAAAUUAAUUUGAUUGGCACCUUAUUGUUAUGUUAACAUUAGUAUAUUGGAAUUACAUGGAGCUUGUAAUCACACAUCUUGCUUUAAAGCCAUGCAGUUGUUCUCACUGAAACCAGUUCAAGGCUAAUGGAUAAAUGUUUUAACCAGACAUGUUACACACUCUCUCUCUCUCUCUGUCUCUCUCUCUCUCUCUCUCUCUCUUUGUCUCUCUGUGCGCGUAUGUGUGAUAAAACGAUUGACCAUCGAAGAGUUUGUGCUGAAAGUCAACUGUAAGCAUAUUUCUGUUUUAUCGUUUGCUCAUAAAAAAACUGCUUCUUAAGGAAGUCACAGAAUGUUUAGUAUUAAUUUAAUCGUACAUUUUUCUUUGAAUUUUUUUUUUAUUUUACAGAUCAUUUCAUUUUUAAAAUGUGCUUAAUCAUACAAGGUGUGCGUCCACAUGCUUAAUUCUGAGCAGACUAUUUGUGAUGAGAUGCAAAGGAGAUUCCUUGACCAAUCCUAUCCAUUGUUGGAAGAUUUCAACACAUGCAAACUGAUUAUUGGUAGUUGAAUAAAAUCACAUGAUGGAA